CCGGAGAACCAGAUGACACAAUGCAACGAUUAUUACGUAGCAAGGCAGAGAGAAAGGAAGGCGCACGAUGGGCGGUCGUGGUAGAACCAUAGGUUUCAUUUCAGUGUUGUGCUCGCUAGAGUUCGGGUUGAAUUAUUCAUUAAACGAUUUGGUCCUAGGAGAGUUGAGAUUUUAUAAAAUAUUAAUAUUUUAGCAAACUUUUCGUCGCACUCGAGUUAAUUCAUUAGAAAUUAAUGCAAUUUGUGGCAAGUUUGCCUUCGCACCCCAUGCAAGUGGUGUGGAUUAAUUAUUCAUUUUUAUAAAGAAAGUCGUUAAAUUGUGAAAGUUAUACAAGUGAAAAUAAUAGAACAGAACAAGUAAGGCUACAACAGGAAUCAAUCGAAUUUUUGCCACGACAGUUUCAAUGCAAUAUAGACUCACGUUCAUAUUAUUAUCUAUAGGCAAAAGCUGUAUACAGACUUAUUGUAUAUUUUUUGAUACGAUAUGUUUACUAACAUGCUUGCUCCACACCAUCACCACCGCCCUCCUUCACCACCUACUACAAUGACACCACUCAAUACAAGUUACGGUGAACAGAAAUACGCCCCGCUUCAUAACGCUGCAGAUGCCGUCCGUCGACACUGCAUGGCAUCGCCAGUGGCAUAUUCCGGCAAUCUGUUUGCUGGAUUCGAUGAGAGUUUUCUUGCUCGCCAGGCCGAAGCGUUGGCCGCUGUAGAAUAUCCCGGAAAAAGUCAGUUUAAACCCGAACCGACCAACCACAGUUAUUACCCCCCAGCCCCCCACUACGUUACGCAACAACACACAACAUCAGCCGUACCACCACCAGUUUACAGUUCAAUGCACCCUCCACCCGCUUUCCACCACUCAGCGGCGCUGCAAACAAGUCUUGACAGCAGUGACGUCAUCGACCAACUUGGGUCUUCUCACUGUGGCCUUCCAACUUAUCAACCGCCAACAUUUAACUCGUCGGUGAUGAUGACGUCAGACGUGACGUCACAGCCCCAUUACAUCACCCACCCCGCCCCAACCUACAACCCCCCGAAUCAUUUCCAUCCUACGUCAUCAGCAAUGCACUCGACUGUAUCAGUCACGCCCAUCUCUGCACCAAUCAUCACCCAAGCCGGCUCCCCUCCGCCAAGCGUGCCAAGUUUUACCUCCAACGAGUACGACGCCGAUCCCCGUGAACUAGAAGCCUUCGCAGAAAGAUUCAAGCAGCGACGCAUUAAACUUGGAGUGACGCAGAAUGAUGUUGGGCAAGCUCUUGCCAACCUCAAGCUACCGGGUGUUGGAUCGCUGAGCCAAAGCACAAUUUGCAGGUUUGAGUCCUUGACACUCAGUCACAACAACAUGGUCGCCUUGAAACCAAUCUUGAUCACGUGGUUAGAAAAAGCGGAGGAAGAGCACAGGAGGAAGAUGGAGAAUGCUGCUAUGGGAGAAAAGAAGAGAAAAAGAACUUCCAUCGCUGCUCCGGAGAAACGUUCGUUGGAGGCUUACUUCGCCGUGCAGCCCCGACCUUCGUCUGAGAAAAUCGCUGCAAUCGCGGAAAAGCUCGACUUAAAGAAAAACGUCGUGCGUGUGUGGUUUUGCAAUCAAAGGCAGAAACAAAAGAGAAUGAAAUUUUCAGCAUUUAAUGGGGACGUGAUUAUGUAGAAUAUGCUGUGACCUCUUCAAUGCAUUCGACAGCACAAUUGCUUUGCACCAUCCCAUAAAACGUACUGCACCUUCAACACUGCCCUAUCCGAGAUCGACUGACAUUUCGUAUAUUUUUUCAAUGCACCUGGAGCCGUGUCGAUUUAGAGACAUUGAUUACGCUGUGAUAGACCUAUGUUCUUCGUUUACCAAUGUGCGCUCUGCAGUGUGGUAUCUAAUUCGUUUCGUACACUGCAGAUACCUACAAAUUAACCUUGCUUAUGUAAAUACUUUCUUUGCACUUUUCACUUCUUCUUGUUUCUUCAAUUUCGGUGCGAGGUCGACUUCAAGUUUCUAUUCAGUUCCUCGAUGCAAUAAAAUAUUUUGUCAAUAA